AUGUUGUCCGCAGCAAAAACAACAAUUCAGCCUACGUCUGGCCCCCAGCUACCCAAGCCAGCAUCGUCACAUCAAGGCAUCCCUAGUGAGAUUCUGGAGGGUCUAGCAUCGUUAAUCGAUCCGGGCCCGAGGAAGGGGUUUGGUUCAGUGCCAGUUGACUUCUUACAAAAAAUGGAGCCAAAACGGAGCAAAACGGAGCCAGGUAUGUCGUUCCCCAGCCCUCAGAACUGGCCAAAGGGGGGGAAGAAAGAACAAUCUCAAUGA